AUGAUUGCGCUCGUGGCAUCGCAAGAGGCGUCGCCGACUCGGAAGACACGCGGAGGACUGUUGGACGCAAGCAGAGCCCCUGGGAACUGCGGAUCUGGUGGAGGCGGUGCUGCACCGCUCGUCCUUCGCCUGCCUUCCGCCCUCCCCCCCUCAUCCAUCCUUUCCCCCGCGCCGCUGUCGUUUGCAUCCCGCGCACAGGGAGAGCUGGUGGAGGCGGUGCUGCGCCGCUCGUUCUCCUCCUGCCUGUUUCUCUCCCACCAUCUCCCUCCCUCGCCUCCCUCAUCUCCCCUUCCCCUGCGCCGCUGUCGUGCUCCCCCGCAUGCAGGGGGAACUGAUGGAGGCGGUGCUGCCGCGUCGUCGUUCCCUCAUCGCUCCCUCUCCCCCCCGUGUCGUUACCCUUUUGACUCCCGCGUGCAGGCGGAGCUGGUGGAGGCGAUGCUGCGCCGCUGCCUGCAGUCGCCCGGCUGCUCGCCGCGCCAAUACGCCCACAUGCUCCUCGUGUACGUCUCACUUCGCUUCUGUCGCUCGUGUUGCUCCCGUCGCGCGUUGUCGCAGUCUCCCAUAUACACUCCUUGUCACGUACGUCGUGAUUUAAACGCAGUGGACGCAUGGAAGGCACGAGGGUGUGCGCGACACGGACCGCAAAUAGUGAUGAGGAGUUAG